GUUCCACCCAGUACGAAGGCGCUCAAAUGGCUGUGCACGCAGUUUAAGAGAUCAACAUUGUUUCCUCAAUUUUACUUGUCGAGGAAGCCACCUACCUAUUCAUCAAUUCAACUUGAAAUCGCUGGCGCUGGCUCUGCUAUUUGCUUUCACGGGUCCUCUAGAGUAGAUAAUGGUUUUGGUUUGAUAUCAAGAUAUCUUUCGUUUAAUUCAUGCUUUAUUAGAGCUUAUGGAUCAAUUGGUGUGAAGUAUGACAGGGAGCUAUUGUCUAUAGAGGAGAGAAUGGGUUCAUUUUACUUCUUUAUUCCCCAGGUUGAGCUGAGUGAGUUUGAUGGCUAUUCUAUGUUGUCGUCAACUAUUGUUUGGGAUGACUCUUUGUCUCAUACAUUUGAGGAUUCUGUUUGUUCAUUUGAAUCUUGUUUCAGUCAGAUAUGGAGUAGCUAUGAUUCUUCAGCUACCAUGUGUUAUGAAAACAUGGUAUCAAGAUACAUUGGAGAAUCACAUAUGUUAGAGAUCAGGAAUGCUCAGUUGGUAUACUUGGAUGCUGAAUUUCUUGCUGUUAUAGAUGGCAAAGCUGGCAUGGAAAAGGAGAUCUGUCCAACUUCUGAUCAGUCAUUUGUUCGGUUUUCGACGCAGUUCUUGUUUUGUGCAAACAUGGAUUUAUGUUUCAGAAGUAACAAAACUGAAUCUUUCAUCAAGAGCAGAUCUAACAUUAAUUUGGCAUGGGCAUCCUUUAUAGUUGAAGAAUUUGUCAGGCUUGGUCUUACGUACUUCUGUAUAGCUCCAGGGUCGAGAUCAUCCCCACUUGCACUUUCUGCUUCAGGCCAUCCUUUGACAACCUGCAUAUCAUGUUAUGAUGAGCGUUCACUUGGAUUUCAUGCUCUUGGCUAUGGGAGAGGUUCCCAGAAGCCCGCAAUAGUAAUUACAUCAUCAGGAACUGCGGUAUCAAAUCUCCUUCCUUCGGUGGUGGAGGCAAGUCAAGAUUACGUACCACUUAUUCUACUUACAGCUGACCGUCCUCCUGAGCUGCAUGAUGUGGGAGCCAACCAAGCCAUCAAUCAGGUCAAUCAUUUUGGUGGUUUUGUACGCCAUUUUUUUAGUCUCCCUCCACCAGAUGAUCAGAUUUACGCAAGAAUGGUUCUUACAACAGUUGAUUCAGCAGCCUACUAUUCAAUGCAAGCACCUCAAGGCCCAGUGCAUAUAAACUGUGCUUUUAGAGAACCACUAGACUACAGACAUGAAGAUUGGAAUACUGACUGCUUGAAAGGGUUGGACAAAUGGUUUAUAAAUGGAGGACCAUAUACUAGAUACGUAAGAAUGAAAACGGUCUCUGCCUUAGGUAAUUUUUCUUGUUCAGUAAUGGAGGUUCUGGAGGUUAUAAAGAAUGCAAAUCAGGGGCUUUUAUUAGUUGGUGCUAUUCAUUCAGAAGAUGAUAUUUGGGCUGUAGCUUUACUAGCUAGACACCUUUCCUGGCCAGUUGCUGCUGAUGUUCUGUCUGGACUGCGCAUGCGGAAAGUACAGAAUUCAUUUCUAGGACUAGAUAAGAGCAUUUUGUUCACAGACCACAUAGAUCAAAUUCUACUGUCUGAAUCUGUUAAAAACUGGAUAAGUCCAGAUGUUAUUAUCCAGAUUGGAAGCCGGAUCACUAGCAAACGAGUGGGAACAUAUCUUGAGUCCUGCUCCCCAUCUUCUUACAUCUUGAUAGAUGCACACCCAUGUCGCCAUGAUCCUUCACAUGUUGUCACACACAGAAUCCAGGCUACUGUAGUUGAAUUUGCUACUAGUUUGUUCCAGUGUAAUUUCCAAAGAAAGACAAGGAGAUGGUCGGAUAUUUUGAUGGUUCUGAAUUCAGCGGUUUCAGAGGAGAUAAUGUUUCAGGUGCAUUCAGAAUGCUCCCUUACAGAACCGUAUGUUGCACAUGUAAUUGGAGAAGCACUUUAUGGUGAUGCUGCUAUGUUUGUUGGGAAUAGCAUGGCCAUCCGAGACUUAGAUAUGUUUGGCGAGGGUUGGACUGACCACAGUAAAAGUCCAAAUAAUGCUAUGAUGCACCAUUUUCCGGGCUUUCUUGGUUCACCAGUGGCUGGGAACAGGGGAGCAAGUGGUAUUGAUGGUUUGCUUAGUACAGCAAUUGGAUUUGCCAUUGGAUCAAACAAGCAUGUAUUAUGUGUGAUUGGUGACAUAUCUUUUCUUCAUGAUACCAACGGAUUGUCACUUCUGAACCAAAGGGUGCAUAGGAAACCCAUGACAGUAAUUGUCAUUAACAACCAUGGUGGCGCAAUCUUCAGCCUUCUACCAAUUGCAAAAACAGCUUCACCACAAAUUUUGGAGAAAUUUUUCUACACCUUGCAUGACAUAUCGAUUUCCAAACUCUGUGCUGCACACAGGAUAAAACAUUUUGUAGUUCAGACAAAAACUGAAUUUCGUGAUGCCUUGGUGCAGUCCCAUGCGGGGCAUGUUGAUUGUGUUGUCGAAGUGGAGAAUCGCAUUGUUGAUAAUGCCAACUUUCAUAGAACUAUAAGCAUGUUCACAGACCAUACUGCAACCAUACAUCUGGAUUAUCUUCUGGGAGCUCCAUAUUGUAAGGAUGAGUUAGAUGGCUUGUCUGUUGGCCGAAUACAUGCAGCAGAAUACAUGUUAUACAGGAUCCAACUUGCUGCACCACGUACAUCUGGGAGAUCAGAAAGCAGCUUCUCUCACGAAGGUUUCAUACUGAAGUUGUGCGUAGGUGAAAACAUUGUGGGGUUUGGUGAGGUUGCACCAAUUGAAAUUCAUGAGGAGGAUCUGUUGGAUGUCGAAGAACAGCUUAGGUUUCUCUUUCACAGAAUGAAAGAUGCUAAGCUAGAUGUUGUUCCUUUGUUGAGAGGAUCCUUCUCCAAUUGGAUAUGGACAAACAUUGGGAUUCCUCCUUCUUCGAUAUUCCCUAGUGUUAAGUGUGGUCUAGAGAUGGCCAUUCUUAAUUUGCUGGCAGCACAACGGAUGGAUAGAUUAUAUGAUAUUUUCACUGGAUCCAAUGUUGUCGAAUGUAAUCAGAGCAGCACUGCAAGCAUACAAAUUUGUGCGCUCGUGGACUCUAACAGGACUCCAAUGGAGGUAGCACUUGCUGUUGUCAAACUUAUUGCUGAAGGUUUCACCACAGUUAAACUGAAGGUUGGGCGUCGUGAAAGUCCUGCUGAAGAUGCAGCUGUUAUUCAGAAGAUUAGGGAAAUUGUAGGAUACAAGAUCAAUAUCCGCGCUGACGCAAAUCGGAUAUGGACAUAUGAGCAGGCAAUUGAUUUUGGAUCCAGGGUGAAAGACUUAUGUUUGCAAUACAUCGAGGAACCAGUGGACUCUGUAAAUGACAUCAUCAGGUUCUGUGAAAAUACUGGCUUGCCUGUUGCACUAGAUGAGACUAUCGACAACCUUACAGGGGAUGUAAUCCCUAAGCUACAUCAAUUUUCACAUCCAGGAAUAGUUGCUCUUGUUAUAAAACCCAGUGUUGUUGGUGGCUUUGAGACUGCAGCUUAUAUAGCAAAAUGGGCUCACAUGCAUGAUAAGAUGGCUGUCAUCAGUAGUGCCUAUGAGAGUUCUGUAGGUUUGGCAACCUAUAUACAGUUUGCACAUUAUAUUGACAGACAAAAUGCCAUAAUAUCUAGAAUAAAGAACAAAGGUUCUUGUGGAACCGUGGUGCAUGGACUUGGAACAUACCAAUGGUUGAGGGAAGAUGUUUCAGAACAAAAGUUAAAAAUCCAUGUGCCACCACUUGGUGAUGGAAUCAGAGCUUCAGCAGAAGAUGCCCAUGGCUAUCUCCAACAUUUAACAAUAAACAGCAAGAAGAUAGAAAGAACUUAUAGUGAAGAAAAACUACGGUCAUAUUUCAUGCAAGUUGAUGGGGAUAAUUUUUCUUAUCAAGUUAAGCUUCGAGAGGCUGGUGAUUGCAAAAAUGAAAAGGUUGUUCUUUUUCUUCAUGGAUUUCUUGGUACAAAUGAAGACUGGGUUCCUAUGAUGAAAGCUCUCUCCCCCAGUGCACGGGUUAUUUCUGUCGAUCUUCCUGGCCAUGGCGAGUCUGAAAUUCUAGAGCAUGAUGUUGAAAACUCCAAUCAAAUCUCUAUUACAGUUCAAUCAAUUGCAGAUUUGUUACUGAAGUUGCUAAGAAAUAUAACUGAUGGAAAGGUGCUGGUUGUUGGCUACUCAAUGGGUGCAAGGAUUGCACUACACAUGGCACUAAACCAAAAUCACAAGAUAAGUGGAGCUGUUAUAAUUUCGGGUAGUCCUGGAUUGCGAGAUGAGGCAAGUAAAAGACACCGUAGUGCUGUUGAUAAAUCAAGAGCCCACUUCUUGUCAUAUUGUGGACUGGAGAGUUUUCUUGAGACAUGGUACUCUGCGAAAAUGUGGGCCAGUCUACGAGAACAUCCUAAAUUUGAUUCUCUAGUGAGGACACGAAGGAAACACAAUAAUAUCAAAACUCUAUCUAAGGUUCUUGCUGACUCAAGCAUAGGGAGACAAAAGUCCCUAUGGGAAGAUUUGAAGCACUUGAGGAGUCCGCUCCUCAUUGUUGCAGGUGAAAAGGACCUAAAGUUUAAAGAGAUAUCACAAAAAAUGUGCACAGAGAUAGGAAAGUACAGUCAUUGUGAAUCUGAUGGUCUAUGUGAGAUGAUUAUUGUUCCAGAUAGCGGUCACGCUGUGCACGUUGAGAACCCUCUUCCUUUAGUUAGAGCAAUCAGGAAGUUCUUGCUAAAGAUAUACCAGACGUAAUACCAAGUAGAUUACGAAAUGGCACGCCAGCUAUCCAAAACAAAUGUUCGAAGGCAGCAGAUCAUGAGUUCAGGACUUCCAAAUCACGCCAGUUGCC